AUGCUCACCACCGGAACAGCAUGCGAACUUCAAAUCUGUUUGAAUAAACAUACUUACAAGCCAGAAAACUGCCAACGGCAUCUUCGUCAACUUUACAUGUGUUGUCUGAAACUAUAUGAGGAAACAAACGAUAUGGGAGAGUCCACCGCCUGUCCCCUUCCUCGUGUCGUGAAGAGAUGGAUCAAGGAUCACCCAGAAUAG